AAGUGUUCAACCCUGUGGGCAGGGGAAUCUCAGUCCCAAUGCUGGCUGCUAUAUACACAAUCGUUGGAGUCCCCCUUUCAACCAGAAAUCUUAUAGACUCAAGAUUCUCCCUCCCCUAUUCUGAUGGACAUGAAUGUUGGACAUCUUGUGAGAUGCCCAGAAGGGUUCUUUGGGGACCAGGCUGCAUUGAGGACAUUUGAACUUGGGCUCCAAGUACUAGAGAACCCAGAGUGAAUGAGAUGGCUGUGUCAGGUGGGUGAGAAGAAAGAAUGGCUAGGUCCCAGGUUGCCUAUUGACUAUAGAAGGUGACCAAGAAAACCAGCAUUGUAUCUGCUAUCAGCUCAGAGACCCAGCCCUGUGUCCUUCCCACCUCCGAUACACUGAUGUCUCACUGUAAGGGUUUGGUGCCAAGAGCUCUUCUCUGGGCAUCACAAGCAGAGCUCUCAGCCUUUUGAGUCCCACGACUCAGUCCAUAAGGAUACCGGAAGUGAGGCAGAGUCCCAGGGCAGCAGGCUCAUGGUGGAGAACAGAAGUGUGUUUAAAUCCAGGUGACAAAGGUGUUCUAAGUGUUUACUGAGCUGUCUCCGUGUACCUGAUAGUUCGGGGCAAGGGAUUUUGUGAACGGCCCUCAGAGCAGGUAAGUAGAGCCAUGGGUUGUGCGUCUUACCCAUUUUUCAUGCUUGGCUGCAGUUCGGCAGGUCCUAUCCCCUGUCGCCCUAGUUUCCCACACUUAACAGACAUGAAAUGGAGACAAAUGCUGGCCUCCAGAGAAGGCUGGUUGGUGGUGACCAAAAGAGGUGGAGCAGGCCUCGUGACCAGGCAGAGGGCUGGAACAGCGGGAGGACUCCCAGCCAGUAAGAGCUAUGUGACAGAAGAACAGAAGGACAGAGUCCAGGGGAUAAGAGCAGUUGCUGAGAGUACCUAUUUGGGGAGUGGGGUAGACAGAUUCCCUUAAACGCAGCAAGUUAGGGCUUCGGAGCUCUGGGCAGAGUUGAGACUACACGCUCUCAGCCACUUCGGAAAGGGCCAGUGCCAUGGGUGUUUGGCAGAAACUGACCUUCCUCCUGCUUUUGCUGCUUGGCCUGAGGCAGCCCCCAUGGCCAGCAGCUAUGGCUGUGGCCCUGCGUUGGUUCCUGGGAGACCCCGCAUGCUUUGUGCUGCUUGGCUUGGCAUUGCUGGCCAGACCCUGGAUCAGCUCCUGGAUGCCCCACUGGCUGAGUCUGGUAGCUGCGGCUGUCACAUUAACUCUGUUGCCUCCACAGCUACCCCCAAGGCUACGCUGGCUACACAAAGAUGUGGCCUACGUGUUCAAGAUCCUCUCUUGUGCCCUGAAAAUUAGGCGACUCCUUAACAGGCAGCCUCCAGAGACCUUUGUGAAUGCUUUGGAGCGGCAAGCGCAGGCCCGGCCUGACCAGGUAGCUUUUGUGUGUACAGGGCCCGGGGCCUGCUCGAUUACGAACAGCCAGCUGGAUGCCAGGGCCUGUCAGGCAGCAUGGGCACUGAAAGCCAGGCUGAAGGAUACCACAAACCAGCAGGCCACGAAGACUGCUGCGCUCUUAGUGCUCCCCUCCAAGAACAUUCCUGCUUUGACUGUGUUCCUGGGGUUGGCCAAGCUGGGCUGCCCUGUGGCCUGGAUCAACCCAUAUGGCCGAGGGAUGCCCUUGUUACACUCUGUGCUGAGUUCUGGGGCCAGUGUGCUCAUUGUGGACCCAGACCUCCAGGAGAGCCUGGAAGAAGUCCUUCCUAAGCUGCUGGCAGAGAAUAUCUGCUGCUUCUACCUUGGCCACACGUCACCCACUCCAGGUGUGGAGGCUCUGGAGGUGGCCAUGGAUGCUGCACCUUCUGACCCAGUGCCUGCCAGCCUUCGAGCUAACAUCCAGUGGCAAAAUCCUGCCUUAUUCAUCUAUACUUCAGGAACCACCGGACUCCCAAAGCCAGCCAUCCUCUCACAUGAGCGGGUCUUACAAGUCAGCAAGAUGUUGUCAUUCUGCGGGGCCACAGCUGAUGAUGUGGUCUAUGUUGUCCUACCUCUGUACCAUACAGCUGGCCUUAUCCUCGGAGUCCUGGGCUGCUUAGAACUUGGAGCGACCUGUGUCCUGGCCCCCAAGUUCUCUGCCUCCCGCUUCUGGGCUGACUGUCGGCAGCAUGGUGUGACGGUGAUCCAGUAUGUGGGUGAGGUCCUGAGAUACCUGUGUAAUGUUCCUGAGAAACCCGAAGACAAGAUACAUCCAGUCCGCUUGGCAAUGGGCAAUGGACUGCGGGCGGAUGUGUGGGAAACCUUCCAGCAACGCUUUGGCCCCAUUCGGAUCUGGGAAUUCUACGGCUCCACGGAGGGCAACUCGGGCUUGAUGAACUAUGUGGGACGAUGCGGGGCUGUGGGCAAGACCAACUGCUUCCUUCGAAUGCUGAGCCCCUUUGAGCUUGUACAGUUUGACGUAGAGACGGCAGAGCCUGUGAGGGACAAACAGGGUUUCUGCAUCCCCGUGGGGCCAGGAGAGGCAGGACUCCUAUUGACCAAGAUACUAAAGAACCAACCCUUCCUGGGUUACCGUGGGUCCAAGGAACAGUCCAAGCGGAAACUGGUUACAGAUGUGCGGCGCUCAGGAGACCUCUACUACAAUACUGGCGAUGUACUGUCCUUGGACAGUGAAGACUUCCUCUACUUCCAUGACCGCCUGGGUGACACCUUCCGGUGGAAGGGCGAAAACGUAUCCACACGAGAGGUGGAGGGAGUGUUGUCCAGCCUAGACUUCCUACAAGAAGUCAACAUCUAUGGCGUGCCUGUGCCAGGGUGUGAGGGUAAGGUCGGUAUGGCUGCUGUGAAGCUGGCUCCUGGGCAGAAUUUCGAUGGGCAGAAGCUAUACCAGCAUGUCCGUUCCUGGCUCCCUGCUUACGCUGCACCUCAUUUCAUCCGUGUCCAGGACUCCCUGGAGGUCACGAGCACCUUCAAGCUGGUGAAGUCACAACUGGUGCGUGAGGGUUUUGAUGUGGGAGUCAUUGUUGACCCAUUGUACAUCCUGGACAACAAGACCCAGACCUUCAGGCGUCUAAUGCCAGACAUGUACAAGGCUGUGUGUGAAGGAACGUGGAAGCUAUGACCAACUGAAAGGCUAUCCAAAAGUGUGGAACCCGAUGCUGGCCAGGGUUCUUAGCAUCAACUUCACAAAGUUGUCAGGAUCCCAGAUACCCAUGGUCUAGCAGCACUUAGAGAAUAAACUUGAAUGUGUUUGCAGAA